AAACAAAACACUGAGAUGAGUGAUGCUGUUACACUGACUGUAUCAUCAGAUAAACCACAGACAGUUUUAAGUGUUUCUCCACAGCAGUGGUUGAAUGAAGGAGAUUCAGUGAUUCUGAUGUGUGAGGUUAUAAAUUCAUCUACAGGCUGGACAUUCAGCUGGUUCACUGUACAGAGUCUUUACUCAGUGAAUAAAUAUGAUUAUAAGCUGGUGUCAAACAGCAGUGGAGGAUCUAAAGGCAACUACACAGUGAAUUCAGUGACUGUGAAGCACACAGGAGUUUAUAUGUGCAGAGCAGAGAGAGGAGAUCCAGUCUAUCACACAGAGUACAGUAACACACAAACACUGUGGAUCACUGGUGUUUCUCCUUCAGUCUCUCUGAUCAUCAGACCCAACAGAUCUCAACACUUCUCAUCUGAAUCUCUCUCUCUGAGCUGUGAGGAUCACAGUAACUCUACUGGAUGGACAGUGAGAAGAUACACAGACAAACUAAACCCUUGUUUAUCAUCAGACUGGAGAUCUACAGGAACAACAUCUACAUGUACAAUCAGAUCUCUCAGCACAUCUGAUACUGGAGUGUACUGGUGUCAGUCUGAAUCUGGAGAGAAACUUCAUCCUGUUAAUAUCUCAGUACACAAUGUUGAUGUGAUUCUGGAGAGUCCUGUUCAUCCUGUGACUAAAGGAGAUCCUCUGACUCUACGCUGUUUAUAUGGAUAUAAAAAACCCUCUAACCUGAGAGCUGAAUUUUAUAAAGAUGAAUCAGUGGUGCAGAAUCAGACUACAGGAGACAUGAUGAUCAUCCCUACAGUCUCAAAGUCACAUGAGGGUUUCUACUACUGUAAACACCCAGAGAGAGGAGAGUCUCCAAAGAGCUGGAUCUCAGUCAGAGCCACAGGAUCUUCAUCUCUUGGUCUUAUUGUUGGUCUGUGUCUUGGACUGAGCUUAAUGUUUUUGAUCUUUUUCUUGGUCCUGCUGUGGUGCUACAAAAACAAAAAACUUUCUCAGUCUCCCUCAGCUGUCAGUCAAAAGCAGAACAUCAGUCAGACAUCAGAUCAGGAACAGCCUGAAGAUGUUUACAGUCCACUGCCAACUGGUCAGUCAAUAUAUUCAUUUAUUAUGAUCAACAGUGUAAGUGAAGCAGCUGAUCACACCUAUCUUAAUAUUAAACUGAAAUCUAAGAAAGAAAUGAAGAAAAAGAUGGAAGACAAGAAAGACGAUAAAGACACAGGUGCAGACAAUGUAAGUGAAGCAGCUGAACACAUCUAUGCUAAUAUUGAACUGAAACCUAAGAAAGAAAUGAAGAAAAAGAAGAAAGACAAGAAAGGAGGGAAAACUGUGUACUCUAAACUGAAGAAAGGAGGAGGUCAAGGUGUUGCUUUUGGAUCUGUUGAUGUGGCCUACUCUUAG